CUUUUCCUCCUGGCUGCCUGAAGAUCCACCGCCAUCAUGAAUGACACAGUGACUAUCCGGACUAGGAAAUUCAUGACCAACCGACUGCUUCAGCGAAAACAAAUGGUCAUUGACGUCCUUCACCCCGGAAAGGCAACAGUACCUAAGACAGAAAUUCGGGAAAAACUAGCGAAAAUGUACAAGACCACCCCUGAUGUCAUCUUUGUAUUUGGAUUCAGAACCCAUUUUGGAGGUGGCAAAACAACUGGCUUUGGCAUGAUUUAUGAUUCCUUGGAUUAUGCAAAGAAAAAUGAACCCAAACACAGACUUGCAAGACAUGGCCUUUAUGAGAAGAAAAAGACCUCAAGAAAACAGCGAAAGGAACGCAAGAACAGAAUGAAGAAAGUCAGGGGGACUGCAAAGGCCAAUGUUGGCGCUGGCAAAAAGUGAGCUGGAGAUUGGACAACAGAAGGAGUAAAGAUUCUGCAGUGACUUUAUCUGUAUCUGUGGUGAUUAUGCAGAUUUUUCAUGCAGAUUUUUCAUGCGAGGAUUAAUAAAACCUUUUAUGUGUCUGGCA